AAAUUCCCACAAUCGUGAAAGCAGCAGAGAUGAUGCUGCCACAGAUCCGUAUUACCUCGCUAGCAGGUUGUAAGCUAACUGAAUAGAGGCAGCAAAGUGCGAGCAGAAGGUGAUGUCCCACCCUUUUUAACACAGGCUGAGCACUCCGUGGUUUUCAUCGACUCUUCACAGGCAGGUCUAACUUCCGAACUUUGGCGACAUGACGACGCGGUCGGAGAGAGAAAAAGCCCAGAAACUGAAUGAGCAGCAUCAGGCCAUUCUGUCCAAACUGCUGAGAGAAGAGGAUAACAAGUACUGUGCUGACUGUGAAGCUAAAGGGCCUCGGUGGGCGUCAUGGAACCUCGGGGUGUUCAUGUGUAUCCGCUGUGCCGGCAUCCACCGCAACCUGGGUGUCCACAUCUCCAGAGUCAAAUCUGUCAAUUUGGAUCAGUGGACACCUGAGCAGAUCCAGAGUAUGGUGGACAUGGGCAACACCAGGGCCAGACAGCUGUAUGAAGCCCACCUACCGGAGAACUUCAGGCGACCACAGACGGACCAAGCCGUGGAAGUCUUUAUCCGGGACAAGUAUGAGAGGAAAAAGUACUACAACAAAGAGGCUUCGGCCACAGCUCAAGUGAGUAUCAACAACACUGUUUGUGUUUUACAGUUUGUGAGUGUAUGUUAUUGUUGUGGUUCCAUGCAGCGCUGCCACGGUUGGAGGCGAUUUCAUGUAACCUCAGUGUGAGUGGUUGCUUGGUGGCUCUUUGAUUGAUGUGCUUAAGACAGAAAGCAACAUAAAUGUAAAAUGACGGCUUUUCUGUCCCUUGAGCUUUGCUUUUUUUUGG